UGACAGUUACCAAGCUCGCCACAUCCCCCCGUUCUAAGCUCUCGCCCUCUCUCUCUCUCCACCCUCUCUAUCUCUCCCUCUAAUACCCGCCGCCGCCUUCAGCAGAUUUUUAUUCGGGUCUGAGGUGCUAAGGCUGCGCCCUUCGGCCUCGCAGCCGUUAGCGAUGGCUAGAGGUCCUCUAUUUCCGCCUGGGCAAGGCAGUGGAUUAUAUAUUAGAAAGGAAAUGCAAGAAAUCUCACGCUAAAAGGAAGACAGUGUGUGUGUGUGUGUCGAGAGAGAGAGAGAGAGAGAGAGAGAAAGAGAGGAGGAGGAGGAGGAGGCUCGGGAAUCGUCCGGACGCCCAGUUUGUUUUCAGCUGGAGCGAAAUAAGAACUGUCACUGGGGCCAGAAUUUAAAAUGGCAGAGAGGUGAAAUUUUGACUUUCUAAAUGACCCAUGUGUUAUAGAUCGUGAAAUGACGAAAUAACGUCAUUUGCCCUUCACCCUAGUUAGUGAUAAGUGAGUUUGUUGUGCAUUUCUGUCUGAAAUUCUAUAAGAAACGUAAGGGUGAAAUCAGAAACCAAAAUCAGCCUGUGGACCGAAGGAAGCAGAGCUUCCCUAUUGUGAUUUUUGUGGUUUCUCAUUUUUAAGAAAAAUUGAGAAUUCUUCAUGAAAAUGAUGACUGCAAGCAGGAUGUCACUUAGUAAUGAAAGAAAAAGAAAACGCUCGCUAUCCGAUUGAAAGAAACUGAAUGACACUCGCAAUUAAUUUAGUACAAUUAAGAGAACACUGAAUCUCGUGUUUCCGUCGGACUGAAAGGAGGAAACAUGGGCUGGCACAAAGCAUCGUGCUUGUGCUGACCCUCUGCUUGUGGCGCAUGGGUGUGUGUGGGUCGACCAUGGGCGUCUUCUGGCCUUGAAGACGUAUUCCCCACCCACACCAUCCCUAUAAGGUCCACUCCUCGUUCCUCUAACUGGGAUUCCUGAAGCCUCCCCAUUCACAUUCGCGACCAUUUUUCAAGAUCCCUCUUAUUCUCUUCGCCAAGUUGAAAGUAUUGCCUCAGUGAAUUUCGGAAACUCGACAUUCCAAAUGACCAACUAGCGAACAUGAUGUUAUCUAAAGAAACUUUACGGUAACCUGUCCCCGUCAUUAUCCUUCCCAAUACGUACCGGCAUACCGAGGGAGCUCAGUGAAAGAACCCCCUCCCCCCCACCGCAAUCAAUCGGGCCCCAAUUCGGAAUACCCCCAGCAGUAGUGAAAGGUUCGCCCCAGAUUGACCUCCCUACCCUUCGUCAUGAGUACCAGCAACUUAUCCGUCGCGGGGACAUCCCCCGUCAGCAGCACCAGCAGCGUCUGCGGCAGCGUCGCGGGGAGCGUCAGUGCCGGCAGCGGCAGUGCCGGCGCCGUGAGUGGUAGCGGCAGCAGCAGCGGCGGCGGCGGGGGCGGGAGCGGAGGCCCCGGUGCCCUUGCUAAGCUCUCGGGGCUGCACGAGUGGCUGAGUCUGGAGAACAGAAGAGUGAAGCAGUGGUGGUCGACCCGCUCCGGCACCGACCUGCACCGGAUCUAUAUGAACCAGAUGCAGGACACUGACGAAUUGCGGUCGCAGUUGAAUGAACAGUUGCGGGCCCUAGAUGGACGGGUCGACACUCAGACAGCGUUGGUGGUGGAGCUGCAGGAGUGGUUCCGGAGGAGGGCUGAGCUACACCAGGACUAUGCCACCAAGCUCGACAAGCUUUCCAAGUCUCUGCACGCCAGGCACAAGGAACAGAAAAUAAAAAGGGAACAGCUGCACCUGUUCAGUGUCUACAGUUGCUGGAACUCACUAAUGACACAGACCAAGAAAGAUGCAAGGGAUCAAAUGGCCAUGGCAGAUGUGUACCUGAACAACAUCAUUCCAAGAUUCACUCAGGUUCAAGAUGAUGUCACCAGAAUUUACAAGAGAUGUCGGGAAAUCGGCUACGAAAGCCAUGAAGAGUUGUUGAAGGUGCUUCAUGAGCUACAUACUACGAUGAGGACAUACCACACAUACCAGACUGAAUUCAAGAAUGCUGAGACAAAACUUAGGAACUUUGAGGCUCAGCGGUCCAAGUUAGAACAAGGGAUCCCCAAAGAAAAGUUGGAGAAAAGUAAAAAGUUCAAAGUCAUUGAGAAGGAAAUUCAAAAGCGGAGCAACAAAUAUAUGGAUGCAAAAUUGAAGGCCCUAAAAGCUCGCAAUGAAUACAUUCUCUCUAUGGAUUCUGCCAAUGCUGCAAUCCACAAGUACUUUGUUGAAGAUCUGUCGGACAUUGUUGAUUGUAUGGACUUUGGAUUUCACAGCAGCAUUGCCAGAGCUUUACUUGCUCAUGUAUCAGCGCAGGAAUGUGUACGUAGAAGUCUCCAGAGUAGCAUAGAUGACCUUCAGAAAACUAUCAACAACCUAGAUUCCCGACUAGACAAGCAGCGCUUCCUUGAAUACAACAAUGCAGCAUUUAUGUUACCAAAAAAGUUUGAGUUCCAGGGACAUAAAGGCGAUGAGACUCAUGAUGAUUUGAAUGCAACACAGGUGAACCAGGUUAUUGUGAAUCGACAAGUGCAAGAGGAGAUGGAAAAACGAUACGCCCAUCUUGUCAAUCGACUAACAAGCCUGAAGACAGAGUCGGAGGAGACGUGGAAAACGAUAGAAACUGCAGAAAAGACAUUGAUGGAGAUGAUUAACACGAGAGAUUAUGAUGUCGCUCACUACUUUGUUGAUGAACCAAGACCAGAUAAUAAACAACCAGAGUCAAUGCUUAUCAAAAUGAAGGCAGACCGUCAGGAAACCGAAGAUUUCUAUUUAGGGAAAUUCAGGGAAUACACUGUGGGAAGCAACUUGAUAUGCAGAUUACAAGCCAGGUAUGAGUUAAUGCGCAGGGCCUUGGGAGCUGAAAAUCAGAAUACAUCAUCUCCUACCCCAACAAGGAAUUUGGAAAACAAACCUCGUCGACGUCGCAUUGGUCGCAAUCCUCUGAUGGGCCAGCCCAAACUAUUUGGUGGUUCUUUGGAAGAGUAUCUAGAAGCUACAGGCCAAGAUAUACCACUUAUUAUGAAAUCCUGUAUCAGGGUUAUUAAUCUCUAUGGGUUACAUCAUCAAGGAAUUUUCAGAGUAUCUGGGUCUCAGCUAGAAAUCAAUAAUUUCCGUGAAUCGUUUGAGCGUAUGGAGGAUCCCUUAGCUGAUGUUACAGAUGCGUCUGAUAUCAAUAGUGUAGCAGGUGUUCUAAAACUUUACUUCAGGGAACUCCGGGAACCUCUCUUCCCUACUGUGUUCUUUGAUCAGUUCAUGGAAAUUGCUCAGUUGGAAAAGAAACAUGAUUUUGUUAUGAAGAUGAGAGAUGUGGUAACUAGUCUUCCUCGACCGGUAUUUGUUGUUAUGCGCUACCUCUUUGCAUUCCUUAACCACCUGUCUGAAUUUAGUGAUGAAAAUAUGAUGGACCCCUACAAUCUUGCUAUAUGUUUUGGUCCAACCUUGGUGCCUAUUCCAGAAGAUAAGGACCAGGUGCAAUUCCAAAACCUGGUAAAUGAGUUAAUCAAGAAUAUCAUCAUCUUCAGUGAAGAUAUCUUCCCAAGUGACGGUGGUCAGAUAUAUGAAAAAUACAUAUCCCGAGAUUCCAUAGAUUUGGAGGCAGAAGUUGGAGAUGCUCCUUCUGAAGUUCACGAUGAUGUAGACUCAGAACCAGGCCAGUCAGAGGAUGAUUCUGUAUUUAGAGACAAAGAUAUAGCUCUUCAGAUAUUUGGAAAAAGUGAAAUCUUAGAGGCCAUCGCUCAAUUUGACUUCAUAGCACGGUCUGAGAGGGAGCUGAGUUUCAACAAAGGAGAUGUUUUGGUGCUUCACUCGCAAGUAUCAAGCGACUGGUGGCGAGGAUCAUUCCAGGGUAAACAAGGACUCAUUCCAGACAAGUACAUUCUUCUCAAAAUCAGGGAUGAAGAUAAAGACCGCCUUAGUGACCGAAGUGCUGCUGAAAUGCUAAGGAGACGCGCUUCAUCUUCAUCUGAGUCCAUCCUUUCUUCUUCUACGCAGCAGUCAUCGGAAGGAGUGAUUAAACCUUCUCAUAAUGGAGCGGCCCAGGAUUCAUGUGCUAGCCCUGUGAGCCGUGAUGGUCUUGGAGCUGCAUCUACCUCGCUAGGGCUUGGACUUGACACAAGCGGGGGACCAGAUGGGGCGCAAGCAGAUCUAGGACGUUCAGCCUCACCGCUGCCUAGUACCCCAGGGCAGGCCUCCCACUCCCCCACUCCCCCACACUCCCUUCAACACGGGGCUUGUCUCUCCCUCUCAGAUGUGUCGAGUAUCGUGUCUGUCCAGGAGGAGUCGGGGGAGUUCAAUGGCGAACACAAUCUGCAAAUCACCGUGCAAGGUGUGCAGGAUGAGGGUGGAGAUGCUACCCCCACCUCCCCCAGUACCGACCGUCACAGCCAGCAGUCUCCCGGCCCCAUCUCUGAGUCGGUGACCCAGUCUGUGGCCCCUGCAUUGGUGGCGGAAACAAUUGAGCAGGAGGUCAAGAUGGAGGAGUCUCAGAAGAGCAAAAACAUGGAGCAACUGAGCGUUAGCAAUUCAACUACAACCAAUGAUAGCAUAGGUAAUCCAUCAUUAUCCCGUGGUACAUUGGAUAUUAAGGAAGAUCCAGGUGAUCGUUUAGUAAGUGGUGGAAGUUCGUGGGAGCACAGGCCUCGUUGCCCAUCACAAAGCUCCAGCCUGUCAUCUAGUAGCUCAGAAGAACGUCUCAAUCACUCUUCACCUUCGCCUCGCACGUUUUGGGAACGGCGGGAAAAGAACAAACCAGUUGUAGGGGCCCCAGAUUUAGUCAUGGAUUUACCUGUCACACCAUUAUCGUCUUCCCCCAAAGAACACAGUGGCAUUAGCCCCAGGUUACGACGCACACAUCUGCACCGAGAAAGCCAAAGUUAUGAUAGUUCCUCCUCUUCUGGUGGAUCAUCUCCUGGUACCCAGUCCCCAGAUAUGACUGCUGGAGAAGUAUUUGCCAAGCAAAACCAGUGCACACUAAAGAAAACUCCUGCCCUUAAGUCUUUUGGAGGAUAUAGUACAGAUGCACAGACUCAAACUGUAGUCCCAGUUAAAGUAGGAUUGACCUCUUCACUAAGUUUGACACAGAGAAGUACAGAUGCCACAGAAUUGAGAAUCACUGAGGCCGAGGAGUCUUCAGUGUCUAGUAUUGUGCGCAGCCUUGACAAUGUUAUGCAGCAAUUAGAUUCUGAAAUGCGAAGCGAACGUACAGAAAGGUCUCCAGAAGUUCGAGUUGAGAUUCGUUCAGCUUCAGAUAAGCCAUCAGUAGAAGGUCCAGUGGCUCCCUCCACUCCAAAACUAGCUGCUCGGUACCUGCAAGCUGUUGCUGCUUCCACAGGAGGUUCAACACCUGGACUAAAACCUCCAGUUCGAGUCAAGCCGUCUGUUUUGAAAAAACCAUCUCUAACACGCAGUUCUCCAGAACCAGAGCCCUCAAAGUAAUAAGUUCUGUAUUUUUCCAAAGUUAUUCAAGCCUGGAAAGGAAGGUAGUUAUAUUUUUAAAAGAGGUCUUGAAGUGAUUAUUGUAUAAUAAUAGGUGUGAUUAUUGUAAGUGAAAACCUAUACUUGUAUGUAUUGUAUUAUGUAACAAUAGAGAAAAUGUUGUGGCCAAGGAAGUAAAUGUGUAAUUGGUGAUACAAGUUAGAGGAAAUCUGAUAAAAGUAAUGUUCUUAAUAAUUUCCACAAUGCAUUUUGUAGGGAAGUAAUGAACUUCAUAAGUGCAGUUUUGAAAAGAUUUUAUCAUACUUAUGUAUAUACAUAGACUAGCAUUCAUGAAUCAUAUUCUUUGAUAUCUUGCAUAUAAGAAGGGCAGGAGAGAAGUGGCAUAAGAUAUAAAGGCAAACAUUAUCUUACUUUCAAACUAAUUUGAAAGAGUUGUGCACUUAAGAUUUACAAGCAUUUAAGAUUUACAACAAUAUGAACAGUAAUGAUUUGGCUUUAUGAAUGACAAAACUGUCUCAAUCCAAAAAGCCUAAGAGUUGAUGAGAUACAAGCUUGAAUUGUAUUUUAGUACGUAUUAUGAAUUAUUGCUCAAGGUGAUGGUGCACAUGAAAGAAAAUGAUUCUUCCAUUGCAUUUUCUUUAUGAAUACAGUAUUGACGACAGACAGUUAGCUACUUUGAGCCUUAGUGAGGACUCCAUAUCACCAGAACUAGCAAGGUUGAUACCUAAUUAAGAUGUGGACAAAUAUGUAUUUAAGGAAUGGUCUGCUUUUUUACACUGAAAAUUGCAUUCUAGUGCUACGCACAUAUUGUACAAUACAGUAUUAGAAAAAUCCCAUGAGCUGGAAUGCCUUUUUAUUUUUAAGUUUAGUUAAACUAAAGAGAAAAAUGAAUAUUCUUAUAUUGGCAUUGUAAAACAUUACUAGUCUGGACAGUACAUUACUAGUCAGGUUCCCAUUUGUUGAAAUCUUAGUAUUCUGAUCAAAGACAUUCAGAAACUAUGUCCUUUUGUAUAUGUCCAGAAAUAACCUGAUAUUGUAUGUAUACAUUUUGGCAAUCAUUUCCAGUGCACAGGUGAAUCAUUUCCAAGUGAUUGGUGCUUUCCAAGUGCUGUGUUGAAAACUCUUCAUGUGUAUGGACGUUAGUGUGGUUAGAGACCAAAAGGUCAGGAUUAAGAAAAAUAAGAUAUAAAAAACUUGAGCUCUAUAUAUUUUAGAAAAAAAUAAUUUGUGUAUAUAUGGGGGUGAAAAUAUGACGGAAUGGGAAGUGAAUUAAACCAUAAGGAAAUUCCAAAGCGCUUAAUAUUUAGUACAUUGAGCGCAUUGUGAAUUCCAAGAUACUGCUCAUCCAACCUAUAACAAAACAGAUAUUAAGUUUUAAGUUGUUAGUUGUAAUUGAGCAUGAAGCACAAUUAUGUGAUAAUAAUGCGGUAAAGGACCAAGUAGCCAAGUGCUUAUUUUCCUAUACGAGUAUGAUGGUAAAGUAGGAUGAGAAACAUUAUUCUUGCGACCCACCAUUGUAUAGUUUGGGGUCAGUUUAUGGAUGAAUAAAUUUUGGAUCUGAAGAUAAAUUCCAAGUUGUAAAUAUAUGUAUUUUUCCUUCCCAGUUACUAAUAUGGCACAAGGGCAUAGAAAAAAUGCAUUGUCUGUAGAUCUAUAGAAGGAGAAGUCUACUAUUAUCCUGAGAAAUGAAGUAUAUAGAUGCCUGUGUUUUAUUGCUUGUUAAACAAUUGAUGUUACAAAUAGAAUUUUAUAAACUAUAAAAAAUCUUCGCUUAUGUUCCGAGUUAAGAUAUGUAUCUGGAUAAUAUGGAUGAGACAUCCUUCCAGUGGUUUUCAGAUAUUUGUUUGCAUGACUGAUGCUAACUCUUCUCUUGUCAGCUCAUGUUUGUGAGUAGCAAGGUAGAAGAGAGUGACUAGUAUGGGUUUGUCUUGUACAAUUACACCGUUAUUAUUUGUUCUUGCUGUAUGUUUGAACAGGAGGGCAGUCAAAAUAUUCAAAGAUUACUUGAAGAGUAGGGCAGAGUCAAAAUAUUCAAAGAUUACUUGAAGAGUAGUGUACUUUUUAUUGGUAGGCUGAAGUUCUUUAUAGGUGAGUUAUUUUCCAUUCUAAAGAAGAACCUAGAGAUUAUUUAAAAAUUAAUUGUAAAUUGGUUUGUGACAAAGGUCAGUAUCCAUGUCAUGAAUGGUUCUCCAAAUUGGGUUUUAAAAUUUGCCUAUUUAUUUGACAAAUUGUUUCAGGCAGACUUCAAGUUAAGUUAUAUACUGUUUGCAUUUUUGUGCAUUACAAUAUGUUAGCUGCUUGUGUGUAUUGAAUGCAUUUGCCUGUAUUUUGUGGGUAUAAAAGAUAAAUUGAGAGGGAUAUGAUUUUGUGAAAUGCAUCAAAGGUCAUUAUAAGAAUAAGUAUAGUAUUUGAGGAAGCUGUCAAGAUUGUCUCACUGUGUGCCAUUCCAGUGUCAGUACUACAGUGUUUUUCAUUAAGACGUGAAUUAGCUCUUUAUGAAAGAUGUGAUAAUGAAAUUGCCCUUUAUUAGUGUAUACUGUAUGUGCUGUAUUUCAGUGUCUAUGUGAAUGUCCUGAAAAUUCAUUUUCACCCGAGGGCCAUCAUAUAGCUUGAAAAUUAAUCGAUCAUUUCAUUCAUACCUAAAUAGAGUUGAAUACCUGGAAAUAGAUGUUGAUUGUAUUUUAACAGUAACAUACAACUGUAUAUCAACAAAAUAAAAAAAAAAAUCAUGUAUUUCCCCCAAGAAAAGUCAACACCAGUCUUUAACCUUCACCACCAAUAAAUGGACCUCAAGUCACAAUUCUCUCAGAUUCAACCAUUACACACGCCCAAAACCACUACUAUUAUUAAGAAAAAUUAUACAGAUACACACAUUAAUGAAACUGUAAAUUUUUUUUAACUCACAUUACAUUACAUAGACCAUAAUGUAUUAGCAGCACUCACAAACUGAGAACCUUUUAAUGACCUUUUAACCAAAACCCACCAUAAAUUCAUAGAGCAACUGGGUGUGUAGUGUCUCCAAUUAAGUAAGUGCCCAUAAAACAAGAGUAUAUAUCCAUAUACGUAUACGUAUAUAUAUGAAAAUGGGAACAGUGGAGUUGCCCUUGUGCCAUGUUUUCUUUUUCUUUCCUUUUUUUUCAGAAUCCUGUAGUAUAAUUUUCAUCAAACUUUUCUUCUCUGUUUAUACUUUUUGUUCAGAGAUUCCAUGCUUUAAAUUGUACUAUUUUACUUGCAGUGUUAAAAAAUAAAAGUAUUUUGAAAGUAA